UUUAAACAACUUGUUUGGGUUAACAUCUUUAUUAGUAUUAUGGGCUCGCUUGCAUUGGCAGCAGAUCCUCCAAAAGAGGAUUUAUUAAAUAGAAAACCUUUAGGGUGGAAAAGCCCAAUAAUUUCAAAAAUCAUAAAGAAAAAUAUUAUUGGACAAGCAAUCUAUCAGUUGAUUGUUCUAUUUGUUUUGAUAUUUAAUGGACAUAAAUUUUUUGGAAUUGAAAGUGAUUUGAGGGCCCAAUUACGUGCACCGCCUGGACAACAUUUUACUAUUGUCUUCAAUACUUUUGUUAUGCUGACACUUUUUAAUAUAAUAAAUUGCCGAAAGAUUCACGGGGAACGAAAUGUUUUUAAGGAUCUAUCAGAAAAUAUUUUAUUUUGUACAUUAUGGAUAACGGCUUUUAUUUUUCAAAUUUUAUUUAUUGAAUUUGGUGGGUAUGAACUUUAUACAGAACCUCUAACCUUGGAGCAAUGGCUUUAUUGCACUUUAAUUGGAGCCUGUUCUCUUGGUGUGGCUCAGAUUAUCAACACAAUACCUCCUAAAGAUUGAAAUAUUACUUUAAUUAAUUCAUUAUUUUUGUAUAUCUAUUGGGUUGGGGGCCCGGUUCGGUUCUAAAGAUCGAAUCGGGCGCUAUAUAUCUACUAUACCGAGUGACCCCAACACUAUAUAUCUACUAUACCG